AUGUACCCAGCCGAGGUUGCCGGUGUUCUUCUCCCCGCGGCGUACUUGCCGCCACCUGCAAACGCAGCGUCUUUGGGACCCCAUUAUCCCUACCAGAUAGCGGAAGACGAUCAUCUCCUGUUCCAGUGCAGCAGUAGCAGUCUAAUGCAAUUGCCCUACGCCGACGAGCUGUUUCUCAACCACCCUCCGGCGGUGCCGCUGCGCAACGGGUCGAGCUCCGACGAGCCAGCGGCCCACGCCGUGGACAGGCAGCGCGCGGAGGAGAGGAGGAGGAGGCGGAUGGUGUCCAACAGGGAGUCGGCGCGGCGGUCGCGCGUGCGGAAGCAGAAGCAGCUGGGCCAGCUGUGGGCGCAGGUCGUCCACCUCCGGGACGCCAACCGCGACCUGCUCGACCAGCUCAACCGCGCCAUCGUGGACUACGACCGCGUCGUGCGCGACAACUCCCGGAUGAGGGACGAGCGGGCGGAGCUGCAGAGGAGGCUCCGGGAGCUCCCCGUGGUCGAUGCCGGCGACGCGGAGGGCGUCGCCGUUGGUGAAGAUGACGAGUCUACAGUCUAG